CUGUGGUUUGGGAGUGAAGGACAGGGCACUAGUAGGGCUGAGAAGAGAGAGCAGGGCUAGCAGGGGCUGUGGGUCAGAAGUGAGUGGCACCAGCAGGGAUCCAUGAAAGGGGAGCAGGGGUGGACCUAUGGGGAAUUGUUUAUAGUAAAUAGUGCAGCCCAGACAGAUUUGUUAUCACAGGGCUGAGCCCUGUGAGCCAUCGGCCACCAAGUCCUUGAUCCAUUCGUAAACAUUAGUGGAGGUCACUGGAUGGGGAGUUAUGUUAUAGCAGGCCCCUCGCUCCCAACAUGCAGCCCCUUCCAGCCCAGCCCUGCUGGUGCCCCUCACUCAUAAACCACAGCCCUGUCAGCCUGGCUCUCUGGGUUCACAGCAGGUCUUGCUGCCGGUUUCCCAGAACUGCCGAGGAACAAGUUUUAUUCUUAGCUCCUGGUGAGAUAAACAAUUCGGGGCAACUGCUCUCAGAACUGCCCCCUCCCCUUCCCACAAUGCCCUGCACCCCAACAUCAGAGGUGAUCUCACAAAGGCUCUGACCUGGGAUGACAGAGGAGCCCCAUGCCCUGCCCGCCCAGGGGUCCCCCUGCCCCGGAGCCUCAGGAAUCCCUUCAGUCCAGCACUCCACUGGGGGCAUGUCCAUGCCUCAGCCAUGUCCAUGCCUCAGCCAUCCCUUGCCACCCUCCUCUUGGUGGCCCUGAAUGUGGGUCUGUACCUGCGCCCCCUUGGACCUCCUGAAAACACCUGCCUCAGCAUGCAGGGGGUCUGGGAUCUGGGCCAGUGGCAGCGCCUCUUUCUGGCCCCCUUCCACCACCUGGGCUGGGGGCAUCUGGGCCUCAACAUGGGGGCACUGCUGUGGCUGGGGGGAGUGCUGGAGGCGAGGGUGGGCAGCGCCCAGGCGGGCUGGCUGCUAGGGGCCAUGACACUGCUGGGGGGGCUGGUACAUCUCGGGUUGAAUGCAGGGCUGGCAGCUCUGCGGGGAGACUCCCGGCACUGGAAGCACUGUGCCGUGGGUUUCUCAGGGGUCAUCUUCUCUCUGGAAGCCAUGGAGGGUUUCCUGGAACCCAUCACCAUAGCAACCAUGGGCAGCAUCACCAUAACUACCAAAUGGCUCUGCCUGGCUGAGUGCCUGACUGUCAGCCUGCUGUACCCCAGGAGCUCCUUGACAGGCCACUUGUCGGGACUGCUAGUGGGCCUGGUUCUGGCUGCCACACCCCUUUUCACCAGCUUAUGAAGACACCAGGGCUGUGAUGGCAGAUACAUCCUCACCACACCACCAGGAGGCGCUCUGCAGCCCAACACACCAGAGUCAGCGGUGGCACUUCUGGGGGAGGAGGCGGCUGGCCCAGUCAAGCCAGGGGAGAGGCCAGUCCCGCUGCACCCACAGGCCAGGCCCCAGCCCCACGCAGACAGUUUGGCUUCUCCAUCUGUUUUGUCAACCUGGUACAGUUGCUGUUUACCACUCA